GUAAUAUUUAACGGGACAGUUUUGGCUGAGAACCAGGCAUGAAGAAGGAGCAGCAUUGUUGACAUGCAUCCACUGUGUGUGACACUAGCCGCUGAUCCACAGAGACACCCGACUGAGGUCCAUUCAGCAUUGAGCAAUGGAUUGACUGGAUGGACUGAUUAAACAUGGACAUCUUUUCUCUGUUAGCGCUCCUAUUGUCAUACAGGAUUCAAGCAGUUGGAGCUCAGAUACAGCUUCUGUCACCUGCAACAUUAACUGUCCUGCGAGGGGAGGAAGCCAGAUUUACCUGCAGUCCAUCCUCCUCCACCAAAUGGACCGUUAUGGUGUGGAUGCUGAACAAUACAGCGGUUCUCACCAUCUCUAAGGAUAUUGGUGUCCUGCCCUCCAUAAACCCCAAUGUGACGGCAGAGAAAGACAGUGGCUCGCGGGAUGACAGCUGGGUGUUUGUCCUGAAGAACACACAGAGGCAUAACCAGGGACCAGUGACCUGUGACCUCCAGGGCAUUGAUAGGAAAACAGCAAGCCUGUUUGUACAAGAAAAGGGCAGUGUGAAAGUUGUUGGGGAUGACAAGUUGGCAUUUAAGGGUCAGUCGGUCCUGUUUGAAUGCCAAGCAGUAGGAUGGUAUCCUCAACCUACGUUGGAAUGGCAGGUGCAUGGCAAAAAGGUGAGCCAGGGAGAAUAUAACAUCAGUAGUGAAGAGUCGAGGAAGAGCCUCUUCGCUGUGACCAGCAACCUCACUGUUAAAGCAGCGAAGAGCUCUCCUGUGGAUUGUCUGGUGUCUGUGUCUGCCCUCACCACACCACUGAAGAGCAGUGUCUGUCUGACCGUGGUUGCAGAGGUGAUGCAGGAGGAAGGAGAUGACUGCAUCGUCCCUCUGGCGGUAACGGCCUCCCUCUCUGCUCUUCUGCUGCUCCUCCUGCUCUGCAUCUGCACUGUCCUCUGGUACAGACAGAGGAGACAAGCAAAACCAUGCCCACAGGAGGCAAUAAUAAGGUUCGACCAAUCAGUGAGCGGGAGAAGCUUGGUUGCUGAGGCGACGGGGGGGAAGGUCAACCUGGGAUACUCCAGCGAAGGCCCCACAGAUGCAGUUUACAAUGAGCUAAUCAUGGCAACUCGUAGGCAGAUGGCAGACUAUGUCAACCUUCAAAAGGUCCCUGAUGUGGUGUCCUCCAGCAGCUUUAGCAGCCAGUCUGAGAGCCAAUCCCAGGUGUGUCCAUCAGAGCAAAGCUUAAAGACCGUCAGGAGAAUUACCACAGUAUAAAUGUGUUUGUUAUGAUAUAAUUUGAUAUAAAAAUGUUGUUUGUACAGUAUAAUGUUUUACAUUUUUAUAAAGUUAAAAGCUAAUGGUAUUUCAUCUUUAGCUAAGGUUAUAUUGAAGACAUUUUUUUUUAUUCCUUUACCUGUUACAUUUAAUGUAUCCUUAAAAAAUGUCAACUGUUUUUAGAAUACACAUUCAAUUCAAUAAAUCGUAUUUUUUGUUCCAUUGUGUUUUGGCUUAUAUUAUAGUUUGAGCUGGAUAUAACAUAUAUACUUACAGUAAAUUGUUGCUGAGAUCUGUAAUUGCAUGAUCAGACAAACAAACCAACAUUUAAACCAGAUUUUCUAAAACACCUUAUUUGAAGGUAAAACUGACUGUAAGUGUCCAUUAAUGUGCAGGGUAACUGGCUGCACACAUACAGUAAGCAGAGAGGGUCAAAGUUGAACCAGAGUGACGGUCUGUAAACUGUGAUGGAUGAAAACGGAGAGUUUGCAGUACUUUACUGCUUGCCUGUGACCUAGGGGAUUUAAUAAAAGAGAUAACAUCUGUAAGAUGUAGGGGAAUAUAUAGAGCUUUGGGAGUUUUUUGUUGAAAAAAAAAUACACUGCCUUGCCAAAAGAAGCUGUUAUGUCUGACUGUAAAGAAGCAACAGUGGCCACAAAUAUCGCUAUAAAAGGGCAAAUCUUCAGACUGAUUCUCAUCGCAUAAUCACACGGCCAUUCCUGCUCCCAAGAAAUUCUA